GGACGUUUAAUGAGUGACGGCCCAUCCAGGCGGAAGUUUGCUUUGUUUUGAAGUGAAGUCGGAUCAAACUAUCUCAAUAAAAGCAGGUGUAUUGUGGCCCCAGCGGCUAAAUGCGGAGUUUAUUUGAGAGUUUACAGUAAGUAGAAGCUGAGAUGUCAAACAUUAAGGAGUGCAUCGAUAAACUGGGCCGGUAUUAUGAGCGCUACAUUGAUUAUGUGAAGAGAAACCCCGCAGCCACUGCGCAGCUGGAGAGCACCGUGAGGACGGUCUCCUACCUGAUCGCAGGGCGAUUUGCAGAUUCCCAUGAAAUAUCUGAACUAGUGUACUCUGCCUCCAACCUGCUGGUGCUCUUCAACGACAGUAUUCUGCGUAAAGGGCUGCAAUGUGCCUUCCCUGUGUCUCUCUCUCAGCAGAGGCUCCUCACCUGGCUCUCUGUGCUGGAAUACGUGGAGGUUUUCCUGGAGAUGGGAGCCUGUAAGCUGUGGGGGGAUCUCGGCCGCUGGCUGGUGAUCGGACUCAUUCAGAUUUUUAAGUCUGUUUUUCGUCUCGUGCUUCUUCUGUGGUACAAAUCCGGCAUCCAGACUUCACCUCCCAUUGUCCCCCUGGACAGAGGAGCAGAGUUCGUCAGUGCAGAUGAUGAUAACCGGCAGCAGCAGGAAGACAGCUGCUUUGUGGGUCAGAGGUCAGGACGGGUCAUCAGGCCGCUCAGCAGCACUCCGUCCCUGCAGGCUCGCCUGUGGGGAGCGCCGAGUCAGAGGAAGAGGAGCAGCAGCUGCAGUGGGGAGAAGCUGCUCAGCAGGCCGACUCCUCUCAGGCUGCAGCAGACGCUCGCAGAGUCCGUGUACAUCGGCCGGCCGCUGGUCCACCUUCUUUGUCUUGGACUCUGUGGGAAACAGUCGUGGAAGCCGUGGCUUGUGUCCGGACUCCUCGAGCUCUCCAGUUUCGCUGUUCUCAGUGAUACAAAGUUCCAAAACCGCUGGGAGCGGGCGGAGAUGAGGAGGAGAACCUUCCUGCUGCUCUACUACCUGCUGCGCUCGCCUUUCUACGACAAAUACUCUGAGGAGAAGAUUCUGUUCCUGCUUAGACUUCUGGCGGAUCAUGUUCCAGGAAUCGGUCUUAUAGCUCGUCCUCUGAUGGAUUACCUCCCUACCUGGCAGAAGAUCUACUUCUACAACUGGGGAUAGAUGCUGCAGGCCAGGCUCAGAUCUUUGAGUCUACAUGGGUCACAGAGAGACAGGAAGGAUCCGUCCCCUGAGACACAGACGCUUCAUAUAAUUCCCCAAUAAUCAGAUAAAAUGACGAGGAAAUGAUCUCCGCCUCUGACUGGCGGCGAGGACUUUCGCAGUGACGCGCCUCGUUGAUUUAAAAUUCAGAGAUAAAGACACUUAUUUUCUUCUCCCCGCAGGUCUCAUGACCACGUUUCUGAUACGCUGGAGUCACUAAAGCUAAAAAUGUGUGACUGCCUCGUGUGUCAGGUGUUGGAGAACUUUAUUCUUUGAGUUUUCAUGAUUUAUGAAUGAUUUAUGUGGAGUUUUUCAUGAUGACAUGUGGCUGAAUAUUUCUGUGAACGAUGUUUUUCCAUUCCUGAUGAAAACUCCUCAGUGUUUAAAUGCACACUAAUAUUCCACUAAUAUUCCCUCAUUUUAAUCAUACAGUCUAUGAUUUUAAUAUGGGGCAUUCAAACAGCAUGUUCCCUUUAAACAUCCUGAAUAAGGUUUUAUAAUGAAUGUAGCGUUUUCUGAUUAACACGUGGGAUUUGUCGACCUAAUUCUAGUUUAAGGAGCGCUGCUUGUGUGCAUAAAGUUCAGAAUAUUCAUGUUAAUUAGGUUUUUCUAAUACAACAGUCAACAGUUUGCAGGUCUGUGGUAGAGAUUUAAAAAAAAAAAAACACAUUCCUACUUAGAAACAUUGUCAGACCUGAACAUCAACAUGGUUUUGGAUAUGCCAGAGCUGCAAAGAUGAAUCAAUAAGUUGUCAACUAUUAAAUUGUCUAUUUUGAUAAUUGUUUAAUCGGUUUGAGUAUUUUUUUUAAGAAAAAGAAAGUCAAAUUUAUCUGAUUCCAGCAUCUUAAUGUGGAUAUUUUCUGGCUUCAAAGCCCCUAUAAUUUUGGCUUGGUGUUACACAAAGUCACUUUUUACUUCCCAGACUGUUGUAUUUAUUAGUUGUUUUCAAAUAACAAUAAUACAACUGUGCCAGCUCCUUGCUGUCGGCUCGUUUCAGCACUUCAAUUACAUAUGGGAACUUGACGUGCCUUUAAAAAAACUUUUUUAUUGCUUAAACUUGAGACAAACGGCACAAUACAUAGUUGAAGCUUCAUCCAUAUUCUGUAAAACCUCCCAACUGAACUUGUUUCCAGGAGAACUAAAAUGUUUGUUUGAACUUCAGCCCCUGAAGACAGAUAGGAGGGCUUGUAGAACCUGAUAAUGUAAUAAAUUCCCGAUAAUGUAAUAACCCCGAUAAUGUAAUAAAAAUCUGCACUUGA